CUUCUUGGUCAAUAAAAUCACCAUCUAUUUCCUUGUUCCUUCGUACCAAAAUAAAUAUAUAUUUCCCUAUUUUUUUAUUUCCAUUUUAAUCACUACAAACUUAACUUAUUAUUGUGCCUCUUUGCAACUACACACUUUUUUUCUUCUCCUCUAAAAACUCACCUUCUUCUUCUCCACCACCACCAUGAACCCACCGGAAUUUCCCUCCGGCGUCGGAACAUCAACGCCGUCGCCUAGGAGAGAGCUUCAAAUACAAGGCACACGUCCACCACCACUUAGAGUCAGCAAAGAAUCUCGCACAAUCCGUAAACCACCGCUUCCACCCGCCGCCGCACACCACCACCAACCAGCAGGAGCCUCCCAGCACCGACAACCACUCAUCAUAUACUCCGUUUCUCCUAAAGUCCUUCACAUCCCUGUCAGUGACUUCAUGGACGUUGUUCAGCGUCUCACCGGACCUUCCGCCGGCGAAGAAGCACCUCAACAAUCCGGCGCAGUUUCUCCGGCGGCGAGACUCGCUUCCAUAGAGAGAACAAGUCCAACAGAGAGAGAAAGGAUUCAACAAACCGUAGACGAAGAUUUAACGUGGUUGUUAGAAGGAGUUGAAAUGGGUCAGUUUCCGGGGAUAUUAUCUCCGGCACCGGCGACUCUACCACCAAUAUCACAGGGAUUCUUUUCACCUAUGAAUGAACCACAAACGACGCCGUUUUGGCAUGAUACGAGUCCGUUUUGGUAUGGGAAUAGCUUUGUGGCGAGUCCGUCGGGUUUGCUUUCAGCCACCGUGGUAUCGCCGUUGCCGUCGCCAGAUCUGUUCAGUAUCUUCGACUAAUUAUUAUUUUAAUUUUUGUUUUUUUUUUUAUUAAUUUAGAGAAAAUGUUUUUUUUUUGACUUUUCAUUGAUGAUGAUGAUUUGAUUAGGAAGGUUGAAAAUUCAACAUUCACUGACUUUUGUGCCAUAUCAGCCAUAAGUUUUGGUCUCUGUGUAAGUAUAUUAAUAUUGGUAUGAUUGAAAAAAAAUACUCCAUCAACAAGCUUUGGUCCACUACUGUGUGUUAGAAUUGGCUCGUUUUAUUUGUCACAACCACUUGAGUUUAUUUGGAUUGGUCUAUGGUUUUUUAUUUUA